GAAGGAAACUACGACAGGAAGGAAGGUUUGACAGUGCUGGAGAGAGAGAGAGAGACAGAGGGAGAUCCGUGCUCGGCGUGUGUCUACGGCUGCAAAGAGAGGCCCGCGCGUGGCCGAUUGCUCAGAGAAACACAAAUCCCGCCGUCUCGCCAUGGCCGCGCAGAACGACGAGGUGCAGAGGCAAAUCCACCAGGAUUGGGCCAACAGGGAGUACAUUGAGGUGAUCACCAGCAGCAUCAAGAAGAUCGCCGACUUCUUGAAUUCAUUCGACAUGUCAUGCCGCUCGCGGUUGGCAACCCUCAACGAGAAGCUUACCGCGUUGGAACGCAGGAUCGAGUACAUCGAAGCCAGGGUGACGAAAGGAGAAACUCUGACAUGAGAGUCUUGCUGGGCCCUGGUCAACGCUUGCUCCUGCUGCCCCGCCGGACGUUGGCCUCAUCGUCAUCAUCAGUUGGGAAAGUUGAACUGUUUCCACUUGACUUGCUUUUGCGAUGUUUGCGUGUAUAGCUGUAUUUCAAGCAACCUUUUCGUCAUGAUGAUGUGAUUCUUUUACUUGCAGUGUAUGCCAAAAAAAAGUGUGCCAUUUUACCGUCUGUGUUUUGUGUGCGCUCGUGUAAAGAAAUGCUUUACGUUGCAGAAUGUUAAGCUGCUUAACUGGAAUUUGCAUGAAUUGCCUCUCAUGUGUACUUGGCAUAUAGAGAGAAUACCCGUACAUUUGUGUUAUUGCAGCCAAAUUUACUGUACAUGAGAGGUAAUGAGAAUAAACUAUGAGGGCACAUACCAAUACUCUACUUGAAUCAUGCAAGGAAGUGUGGAUGGAGCUAGUCUUUCCAGGACCAAAAAUGCCACUAUGGAAGGUUGCUCACUUGUACGGUAAAUUUAAACAUCUUCUUUGGUUCUUUCGGUAAAGUCACGUAGAACGAGAAUAAAAUAAUUAUUGUCUUUUCUUUUAUUAUUUUAUUCUCAUUCUACGUGAUUUUACCGAAAGAACCAAAUAAAAUUUAAACAUGUUAGACAUCUCAAUAUGCGAUGCUUCAUUGUGGACAGUUUUAGUCAUUGAUUGUAAUCUUAAAUACCCACGUACCAUCUUCGGUCCACAACUUGUCCUUUAAUGCCAAGGUUGCUGCUGCUGCCCAACUUUACAUUCACUGCACCGUAGGGAAAUUGAAUUGAAAGCACAAGAAAUUAUAAAUGUUUACCGAUCGAAUCGAUGGUGGUGCUUCUUUAGCUUUCUUAUUAACAUUUACAAUGUAAGCUCAGAUUAUGCAAUGGUUUCAAUUGAAAUAAAUAUAGCAUAUAAAAAAUGUGAGUACAGUAAAGAUGUGUUUGGUUAAAAUAUAUAAAUAAAUUAUGCCGAUAUUUUUAUAUACUGCAAAUUAACAGUAUAUCUCAAUAUGUAAGUGGAACUCGCUGUUACAUACACCAUAUAUAUUUCCUGUUGCACAGGUAUUUGGUGCCAUAAACACAUUUUCAGAGUUUAUAUUUUAUUUUUCAACUGGAAAAUAUUUGAAAAAUAUUUCAGUCUUGGAAAAAAGUGAAAUUAUGAAUUUAGGGUCAAUUUAUAAAAUCUUAAAUUGACAGAAUUAGUUUUCUUAUUAUGCAAAGAGAACGAUAUUAUAUUUAUUUGAUGGAGUUAAAGGUUGUACUUGGGCUCUUAGUGCUUGAUGGCAACACCAUUAAAAAGAAACUAUUGAUUCUUCGCACAUGUUCCACAGUUGUGACAACUGAAUUAUGUAUGAAACCUUUACAUGGUUACAAUCUACGAGGUGUCUUUAUUUCACUCCAGUACAUUUCAUUGUGUUUGGCUUGCGUGUAUUAGGCCAGCAUUUUCGAUCUCAGGUUGAUUUUCUACACUCACUGUUGUUUGAUGCUUUUUUUGCGUAAUAAAUGUUUACGUUCACAAUCA